UGUCUGUCUCCCUAAAGUCCGACAGGAGACUGCAGUGAGAGGCGGUGCGGGCACGGCCGCCGGCUAGUUGGUGGGCACGGCAUGAUCCUCUGCUAAAUAUAUUAUGACAUACCCUGUGCCUCCGCGAGCAGCUCCCUUGACCUUGCGCGGCUCCUCCCCCCUCGCUCUCUGUCCCCCUCUGGAAUUUCCCGGAGAGAUCACCGAGAAAAACAGGACAGACUCCAAUGUGAGAAUGGCUGUGACUUUGGAAGAAGCCCCGUGGCUGGGCUGGAUCUUGGUGAAAGCCCUGAUGAGGUUUGCCUUCAUGGUCGCCAACAACCUGGUUGCAAUUUCAUCCUACGUCUUCUAUGUGAUUGUGCUUCAGCCCCUUCGAGUGCUGGACUGUAAGCGCUUCUGGUAUAUUGAAGGAAUCAUGUAUAAAUGGCUUUUAGGCAUGGUGGCUUCUUGGGGAUGGUACGCCGGAUAUACAGUGAUGGAAUGGGGUGACGAUAUUAAGGCAAUCACAGAAGAUGAAGCAGUAAUGUUGGUGAAUCAUCAGGCAACAGGAGACGUGUGUACUCUGAUGAUGUGCCUCCAGGACAAAGGACUGGUUGUUGCUCAAAUGAUGUGGUUGAUGGAUCAUAUUUUUAAGUACACAAACUUUGGAAUUGUUUCUCUAAUUCAUGGAGACUUCUUUAUAAGACAAGGAAAAUCUCAUCGUGACCAACAGCUGCUGCUUCUGAAGAAACACCUAGAAAAUAAUUAUAGGAGCAGAGAUCGAAAAUGGAUUGUUUUAUUUCCAGAAGGGGGCUUCCUCAGGAAGAGGCGAGAAACAAGUCAGGCAUUUGCCAAGAAAAAUAACUUGCCAUUUCUUACACAUGUCACUCUGCCAAGGAUUGGAGCAACAAAAAUUAUUUUGAAUGUACUUGUGGCACGACAGGAAAAUGGAAGUCCAGCAGGAGGAGAUGCUAAAGAAUUAGACAGCAAAUCAAAAGGCCUCCAGUGGAUAAUAGAUACAACCAUAGCUUAUCCCAAAGCUGAACCCAUAGAUAUUCAAACCUGGAUCCUUGGAUACAGGAAACCGACAGUCACACAUGUACAUUACAGGAUCUUUCCAAUUAAGGAUGUACCCCUGGAGACUGAGGAGCUUUCUGAUUGGCUCUAUCAACGUUUUAUUGAAAAAGAGGACCUCUUAUCGCAUUUUUAUGAAACAGGGGCGUUUCCACCUGCCAAAGGCCACAGGGAAGCUAUUUCCAGGGAGAUGACCCUCAGCAAUAUGUGGAUCUUUCUCAUACAGUCUUUUGCAUUUUUAUCAGGCUAUAUGUGGUACAACAUCUUUCAGUAUUUUUACCAUUGCCUGUUUUAGGAAUUGACUUGGACUUGUCAAGGUCACCAUAGGAAUUCAGACUUUCAUGAGUGUGCAUUACUUUACAUGUGCAAAUCAGAAUAUAAAAAAAGCAAAGGAAAUUCUAUGGAUGGAUUAAUAUUUAUCCCUCUUUGGGAUAUUUUAAAACUCUGCUAAAAUGAGGAUCAGUAAUCUAAUGACUUGCUAAUAUGUUUUAAGGACUUUUCAUGUUUUAAAAAGAUAAAUUCUGCCACACAUUUAGGCAAACAUCAUGUUUGGAGAAGAGGAAAUCAUAAAAUCAACCUAGAAGACAGAGUAAUUCUGUUGCCAGCAGAUACUUGAUCAUGUAGUUCACGCUCAAAGAGCUGUGUUUGUCCUCUUAGCCUGUAGUCUCCAUUAGGGCAGUUGCUAUAGAGCCCUCACUUCCCCGACUCCUGCUGUGCUACUAGUAACCUUGAGGGGGCUGGUUGGUACCUUCUGAAGAACUGUCUCCCUGUCCCUUACAGUGACACUCCAGUCCUCACCAGCUCAGUGGGGUUCGGUGUCAGGCAUGCUUUGGGGGGAAAGCAGUGUCCAGUGGACACGUCCCGGUCCUGGAAUGUUCUCUUUUAAAAGGCUAGCUCAGCCCGACACCGUGUUUACAUGCGCUAGUGCUUUCCGUGUGUGUGUGUGUGUGUGUGUGUGUGUGUGUGUGUGUUUUGGGGGGAGGGGGGACUUGGUUUCUCCUUUUGUAUAGAAGGCGUAUCGUAGAUUGAUAAUUUUCUUUUACAAAAUGCACUUUUAUCAGCUGCAUCUAUAGCAAAGGAUUAGUAAUAUGGCCUGAAAACCAGACUCGCAUAACCAGUGAGGGGGACUCUUGAGCGGCUGUCCUGCCUGCGUGUUUUCCCUGUGCGCUGAUGCUCUCCAGAGCCUCCCUGAACUGGGCGCCACACCCAAGGGAGGCUUCUAGCUGGCUCAGAGGCCUUGUUGUCUUGUUUGUUUGUGGUUUUGUGUGUGUGUGUUUUUUUUAAUUUUGGUAUAUUAGCACCAAAUGCAUUUGGGGAUGGUUGAAACAAAUUAAUGCAAAACAUUUAAAUCAAUAUAUGGUGAAAUAGGCUAGUUUAUUAGAAAAAUAAGAGCUAGAGCCAGACUCUGGCUUGAAAUGGUGACAAGUUGUCACAGGCACCCCCAGAAGCUGCCACAUCAAGGAGCUGCCCAUGUCAGGGUGGUGUGGCCAGGAGAGACCAGCACACAAGGCUUCCCAGUCUCUUCCAGUUGCUUUUGAACAGGAUAAAGCUGUGGCUAUUUCUAGAAGGAUUUUUUUUUUUUUUUUGCAUUUGUCACUAUGUUCAUGCAGUUUACCUCACAGUAGAACCAAACUCUUCUCGCAGCACUGGCACUGCAUCUGUCACUGCCUGCACUCCAGCGUUGCAGAGAACGUCCUCUGGCCCGGGGUUGUGAGACGGUGAGAUCCUGGUGAGUCAGCAGUAGUUUUCUGUGACAUGAGCAUCAUAGAUUCCCCUCUGGUUGCUGAUCGUACAAUUUGACAAUUUUGAGAUGGUCAGAAAGCAAAAGUAAAGGCUGAUAUUUUUUGUUUUUUAAAUAAACCAAAAAGACAAACUGAGAAGACAGCUAUGUGGGAAGGGUAAAGCAACACCAAAUACAAGCCCACAGCGGCUUCACCUUUAGGUUAAUCCGGUGCAUGUGUGAAGAGAGUGAUGCGUGAACUGAAAUACCUCAUUGAUUAUACUACUGCUGGUGAGACGCAGAAGGCAGCAGUGUUCCUGUGUCUGGUUUGGGAAUGGCUGUCAUAGGUGCCACUCUUUUGAUAUUGAAGCAUUUCAUUAUGUGUUUUACAGUGACUGUGAGUAGGUGAAACCAAUCUCAAUUUAGAGGUACGAUGCUGAUAGGAAGCCAAAUGGGAACUUAAAGGUGCUUCUGAUUGAGGCCCGGCAAAUGCUACUAGAUUACAAGAUGAAUUGGAAUUGUUCACUUGAGAGGUUAGUCAGCCAUCUAGGGGACAAGUUGUUCACUGUCAAGCAUGGCAGACACAUUCUAGCCACUAGGCCUGUUCCUCAUUGCUGAAGCUCUCCCAUCAGAAAGGAAGAGAAAUGCAUUCGUGCACACACAGGUGUGGCUUAGGGCCACUUCUGCCAUCACUGUGCUCCAAAGGAGCAUGGUAUUGUUUACUAUACUGUACACAUUAAACAGACUAUUCUGUAAGAUGCUUUACUUUUCAAGCACAGUCAUGUCAACAGCCUCUUGAUGUGUGAGUUAAUUUUUGAACAUAGAUCUGUGAGUUGUAAAUAGAUGUGUGUUUGAUCUGCCCUAUCCCUCUUGUUUCUUCAUCAACAUGUUCCCUCUCUUCUGUUAGCAAAAUAUGCUUGUUUGAGAGCAUUGCUAGUGCUUUCCUUUUCAGCAACUGGGGUUCUCUUGCUCACAGUAGGGAAUGUAAAGAGUAAAUCAGUGUUUUUAUAUGGCAAUCAGGGAAGCAGCAAUAUGCCACUGUACAGAACUGGGUAAAAUUCCCAAUUUGUACUUCCUUUGCAAAGUGAGUGAAAGGAGAUUUAGCGAAUAUCCAUUUUGUCAAGGGGAAAAAAAGUAAUAACACUGUGCCAGUUUUAUACCAGUAGCUUAUAGAAUCGCAGCAUUUCUUGGCCUUGGCUGACCUGCCUAGAUUCCCACAGCAGACAGGGUUGCAGACUCCCUGCUGGAUCCUGGAGUCACAGCGAUGGAGCACCUGCCUGGCCUCCAGCUACAGAAGUGACCACCCCAGAAGUCCAUGCUUAACUCCAGAAACUGUUAUUGGUGUUCAAAUAUACAGUUAUUGUAGAGAAGCCUAUAGACCAGUGGAAGGUAAAGAAAAAUUACAGAAUGGAAAUGAUGUCUUGAGUAGUCAAACAAAGUAGUUGAGAAUCUAAAUAGUAGAUUUAAAAAAAAGCUGUGAAUUCAGAUCUGUCAUGUUAUCCAUCACAUUUUAAUAUUACAACUAACCCUUAAUUUUUCAGAGUAAAGGAACUAGAGAUUACUGGAUAAUUAUUCCAGUAAUACAUCAUGUAAGCCAAAAAUCUGAUUGUAUUUAGGAGUUUGAAUUUUUAUUCUCAUCCAACUUUUUUCCCCCCUCCUAGAUGCUGACUAAUUUUAUAAAAUGACUCAAGUUGUUAGCUUCUCUUGCCUAUAUAUUUGUGACUGUUAAUGGGUAUGGAAAGAUUGGAAAGACAGCCAGCUUCAGGAAGAGGGAACACAAAGCCUAAAUGACCCAUAGUCUAGAAAAGGAUUCCCUAAUAAUCAAGAGUUGGCAGAAUUACAGUUGUUCUCGAGCGUUUUUAUGAAAAUGAAAUGUUAGUUCACCAAAUGUAAACCUCAGAACAUCAUUCUCGUGUUCAUACCAUUUGGAUCGAUGCUAAGAAUCCCUUUCCACUCUGCUCAUGUCACUCACUUCGUGUGCAUUUGUCUUAGUGACGUUUUUUGACAAUCACUUCCCUAACAACUCCUCUGAACUAGUGGGACCUGGUUAUAAUCAUAGGAUGUAGUCUUUAAUCAUGGAUGGUCUUAUUGGACUCAUUUUAUAUUUAAGAACAUUUUUAUUUGCACUGCUGCAUAGGAAGCAUUAGUUGUUUUCUUCAUUACACAGGACUUCACUCCAGAGUUACCACUGCAAGUCCCAGCGCUGUCCACAGCGGACGGGUGAAAUGGUUAGUCUUAUUUUUUGCCAUGUAGUGCUGUGAACCUUGCUUCUGGUAGCAUGAAAGGCAAAAUCAAAAGCAGACUGGGCAGCAGGUGCACUGGUUCAUAGUCUAAGAGGGUAGAGACUAAUAUAUUGGGACCAAAACUGCCCAAGGGGGAUCACAAGGGGGCCGGGCAUUCUCUGGAGCGGUCACUGGUUGGUGCUUUGUCUUAUCCUUUGCAUUGCUCCCCAGCAAGGAGGAACUGGACCCUGGGAAUGAGCUGAGAGUGCUGGACUGUUGGGGGAGGGUAACUGUGGCCACAUGGAAGAUAAAAUGUGCGUUUUUCUGCAGAAUUUCCAUUUGAGGACUUUUACAUUGAAUAUUUUUUUUAAAACAGUUUAAAGAGCAAAAAAAAUGUUAAGCGUAUUCUAGUUGCAAAAUAUGCACACCUGUUUUGAAUGGCUUUAUUUUUAUUGUGUAAACUGUUGAACACAUGGCUGUGAUGCACAAAUUCUUUCCAUAUAAAGAGUCUCUGCAUCUUAUAGUAACUUCUGUUAUGAUUGGGUAAUGAAACAGUUACACACCAGACUGCCAUUGUUGUGUUAAGUGCUUUCAUUUUCUUUACAGUUAUCACAAAGUUGUAUUUAUUUUAUACAGAUGGAUUUUCGUUUUCCUGAUGCCAUAAUGUUUACUUCAGCUUGGUGACCUGUCUUUCUUUGUGUAUCUGCAUGUUGUAAUGUAUGAUAAGAAUGAAUGUAAAGGCUGUGGCGACUGUAAUUUUUGUAAAGGGCUGGUCACACGUGGAUCUGGUUUACGAAUGCAUUGGGAUUAUUGUAGUAACCAGAUUACCUUUUCAGAAAUUGAGAUGUGAACACCAAAAGAAGCAUUUUCUCAACAGAAAAUUAAUAGCUGGUUCUAUUUUUUUUAACCUAGAAAAAAUAAAGUUGAUUUUUUUCAAGUAAAGUGCUUUUAAUUCUUAGUAGUGGGCAUGGGGUGUUUGUUUUCCUGGAGCUAUUUGGGGAUUAACAUCCGAAGACAUGUACUUAGAACACAGCAUGGCAGUCAGAUGCCGAAGACAAACCGAAACACCAAAUGGAAAACAUUGCUCUCCUCUGGUUUAAUUGUCCCUCCCCCAUCCAGUGGUAAACUGGUAAAUGCUUAACAAUUCGCUCCUGGGGAAAAAUUAUGUAUACAAACGUACAGAAGUUAUAAACUUCGCUGAUAGCAAGGAUUUUAUAACAUGAUUAACAGAUAAUAAUAAAAUAUACUUUAUUGUAAAUUCCAUAUAUCCAGUCGAUUCUCCCAGGAUGCUCCAGUUGAUUUUUCCUGAACUCUUUAGCCAACUUAUGACCAUGAUCCAACCAUGAUUUGAAAAAUGGAAUUACAUCGUAAUGCACUCAUUUCUCAAAUGUGUCAUUCAAUCUGAUAUGUGAUCUACUGUUAAACUGUUUCUUAGCCUUGUACAAAUUACACUCAUUGAAGUGAACCACUUUCAGCUUCACCAAUGGGAAGCUUAUAUAAUUUAAUUUUAAUAACAGCCGUUUAACAACGACUGGUGGAAUUCUAAAACUUAAAGUUGGGCUCUCUUGAGCUGGUGGGAGAUGUCUCCAGCACACCACUGCCCGAUUCUGUUUUAUGUAUUUUUUGUUUUAAAAAACUGUUGGUGUUGAAUAAAGGUCUUACAGUUGAUCUACUCACUGCUCUCAGGAACUUCCUAUCUCUGACCCUGGCCGGGGCUUGUAAGGAUAGGAAAGCAUUAACAUUACAGAGCGGGCUUUGGAGUUUUGAAGAAUUUGCCAACGCCAGCUUUCCCUGAAAGCUGCAUACAUGGAAAGCUUGCAUAUUUUUAAAGUUGGUUGUAUGCUUUUAUUUCUCAAAGUGAACUGUGAUAAUAGGCAUCUCUAAGAUUUUGUUUUGAGCAUUUAAAACAUUUUUUGGUUUGAUGUUUGUAGAAUAUGCUUGUGCCCACUGAAAAAUUUUAAAUGUAUUAAAAUAUCUUACGUAAUCUACAAAAUAGGUUAACUAGUUGCAGUUCAGUCUACCUCUUCUGUUUCCUGUCUGGGUUGAGGCUGCUGAUUUGGUGAAGUUGUAAUUGCCCCCCUCCCCGAAGUGGUUUCUGUAGAAGGCGAAGAAUAAACUGGGGGCAGAGGCCUGAACGCUAGUUUGAAGCACUCAGAGAUCUGUUGCUGACCAGCCCUAAUCCUCAUGAGUUGGGGAAAAACCAAAAAAGCCAUUGUUUUUAAUUUCCACUUAAUAUGAAAAUGUUUGUUUUAAAAAUGUUUCUUCCUGCUGGAAAAAAAAAUGUAUUUUUAAAAGGAAAAAAAUUCCUCUUUCGGUUAUAAGAAAAAGUCAGCUGUAUGAGCAGGUGUGACCAUAUCAUAACAUGCUGAUAUGAUAUAAAUCAAUAAAUUUUUACCUCUCAGGACUUGGA